GUCCGUUAUGCGGUACCUAUGUGACCUUCACCGCGUCAGACACUUGUGAUUGGCCAGAUCAUGAUUAGUAUUUGGAUUUCGAAGAACUCUCCAGAUAUUCGAUGAACUUCAAAGUUUAUAUUUCAUUCCCAAAACGACUCCUUCAGAUCCGAAUAUAUAUUAAAUACAUUAGCUGAUAUUUUACAUAGUCCUUGCUGUCCCUAUGCUUACAACAUGUGAUACGUCUCUUUCAAGAAGACUGAGCCAGUUAGUAAUCACAGUUAAAUGUGCUGCAUUUUCCUCUUCGUGUAGAAGUUUAUUUAGCAAAAGCGGUGAUUUGUUCGCAGACUUAUUAGUUGACAAUACUUUUGUUUACAAGACUAAAGUCUGUCCUAAAACGUGGAAUCCUACAUGGAAUGAGUCUAUCUCAGUUGUUGCAUCUCCAAAGAGCACCAUCCAAAUAAAAGUCUUUAACCAUUUCAAAUUAGGACCUGAUGUAUUGAUUGCUGUUGCGGCCAUCAAUCUCUUCUCUAUACUCAUUGAGCAUAAUGGUGUUCUUUCCAAUUGUGAGCUGAGAUUAUCUCUGUUCCAAGGAUGUGAUUAUAAAGGAUCAGUGUUCGUAAUUCUGGAUAAGCUUAACAUGUGUGUACAGAAUCUGGACAACGACAAUAAUAUAAUUGACAAUUUACCGCAAGUCCCCUCUAGUUCCAACGGAUUCGAGCCUUCAGCUAUUCAGCAUCAAAGGUCUCAUCAUCAGUCAGUAAAUGGAUAUACUACUGUGAUUACAACUGAUCGUGUUCAACGUGCAGACGGAUCUAAUUCACACACGGAACCCAGCAUCUCUAGUGGGCCUAGAGUGCCAACAAAUCAACAUGAUAGGACUUUCUGGUCAGCUUUGAUAGGAUCUUUAUUUGGAUCCCAUAAAUUUCCAUCUACUAAAAAUACUUUAGCAACUGUUGACUCAACUUCUAGAGAUCAAGAUUUAGAAUUACCUGACAGGCAACGCCCUCUGAAUGAUUGGACUGAAGUCGAUGGUUUCUGGGAGGCUAACAACUUACCCACUUCAUCUUCACAAUCAAAUUCAAAUGUUAUUUCCCGAAAUGCUCAAACUGAUAAGUCAUUACCACCAGGUUGGGAAAGACGUUUUGAUAAAUCAACUCAAAAAUAUUAUUUUGUGAACCAUAAAUGUAAAAUCACUCAAUGGGAGGAUCCACGUGAACGUGGAAUGGAUGAAACACAACCUCUCCCACCUGGAUGGGAGAAACGUUAUACGGCUCAAGGACAAAGGUUUUUCAUUGAUCAUAAUACGCAUACUACUACUCUUGUCGAUCCACGUACUGGACAGCAUGCUGGUUCACUAGGCAGUAUGGGAGUCCCAUUGCAAUAUGAGAGAAACUUCCGAUCCAAAGUAAACUAUUUUCGUGCUUGUUGUACAAAUGCCAUGUUAAGUGGGCAGACUAAACUUCUUAUAUCUAGAGACAAUUUAUUGGAGGACUCAUUCCAACUGGUAUCCCAAAUGUCUUCAUCUGGUCUAAGAAGACGUUUAUCCAUUACAUUUCUACAUGAAGAAGGUUUGGAUUACGGUGGAGUAGCCAGAGAAUGGUUCUACCGUCUUUCAAGAGAAAUUUUAAACCCAAUGUUUGGUUUGUUUGAGUAUACUGGAACAGAUUAUGCCCUACAAGUAAAUCCAGCCUCUCAUGUCAAUCCAAAUCAUAUGGCGUAUUUUCGAUUUGUUGGACGUUUUAUUGGUAUGGCACUUUUUCACGGUCGCUGUAUUGAUGGUGGACUUACUCUUGCUUUUUAUAAACAAAUUUUACAACGAAAAUUAACAUUAGAAGAUCUUGGUCAUACAGAUCACAGUUAUUAUCAAUCAUUAAUUUAUGUCAGAGAUAAUCUGGUUGAUGAAUGUGAUUUGGACUUGUAUUUUGUUGGAACCUAUGAUCUUUUAGGCGCUUUGCAUGAAGACGAACUUAUUAAAGGCGGCAAAGAUAUUAAAGUAACUGAAGAAAAUAAAUCCGAUUAUAUCAGACUGAUGGUUGAUUGGCGAUUCAAUAGAGGAGUAAAAAAGCAAACCGAAGAAAUUCGCAAAGGUAUUUUUGAAGUAAUAAAUCCUGAAUGGUUGGAAUUAUUCGACGAGCGUGAACUGGAACUUUUAUUAUCCGGUAUGCCAGAGAUUGAUGUUGACGAUUGGGAAAAUAAUACUGUCUACUUAAAGUACACACGGUCAAGUAAACAGAUCAUUUGGUUUUGGAAGUUGGUUCGAAAACUGGAUAAUGAACAUCGUGCUCGCCUUCUCCAAUUUGUCACUGGUACGUGUCAUUUACCAUUGGGAGGAUUUUCUGAAUUAACUGGCAGUGGUGGGCGUCAAUUAUUUUGCAUAGAGCGUACAGGUGAUGAACAAUGGCUGCCACGUAGUCAUACAUGCUUCAACCGGUUAGAUUUACCACCGUACAGUUCGUAUGAUCAAUUAUGCGAGAAACUACAAAUGGCUAUUGAAGAGACUAAGGGAUUUGGACAAGAAUAAAUCUAAUCUCCUCUAAUAACUUAUCCUUCAAGAAAGAAAAAACCACACUUAAACUAUUGUGUUAUUUUUUAUUGUGUAUAUUUUUUUCUUAAGUAAUUAUUACUCUUAACACAGUGACGACUGUGAUGUGAAUUAUUUUGUGGUGGUGGUUGUGGGUCGGUAGUUCCUUGAACGCCUAAAUUCAACGGUAUUUACUGUGUUUCAAACUGUGAUCAAUCUAUUUUCUAGUAGUAAUCUUUUUGUUCAGCAAUCCAAUCACUUUUCCCCUUUCGCCUAUUAUAACACUAGUAUCCUCUGGAUAAUGAAAAUUAUUUUAUUAAAAAAAAAUUUUUUCUAAAUUUGGUUAUACUGAAUUUGUCUUGAAUUGUUUUGUUUUUUUUACAUGACACUCGCUAUACACAUUUACCACCUGAAGUUCUGCUUCGUUUAGUUCAUUUCUUUAUAGUUUUCAUGUAAAAUUCAAUGGAACGAAUCGUGUUCACUUUUUUUUUUGUAAACAAAACAUUUCAAAUUGUGUGAGAUUCUUGUUUAUUUGUCUGAUUGACAAUAACUUGAUGGUUGACAAAUAAUGCAAGAUUUUAAUAACAACCUUCUCAUAAAACAUACAUCAACAAGUCUAUAUUCAAAAAGAUUUACAAUUUAAAUGAAUAUUGUCGGCAGUUAUAUAUAUCGUUGGAC